CCCGCCGCCGGCAGGUGUUGGCCGCUGACCCCCGACCAUGCCGGCUGACCUGAGUGGCACCUGGAACCUGCUCAGCAGCGACAACUUCGAGGGCUACAUGCUGGCCCUAGGUAUUGACUUUGCCACUCGUAAGAUAGCCAAAUUGCUAAAGCCACAGAAAGUGAUCGAACAAAAUGGGGAUUCCUUUGCCAUCCACACAUACAGUAGCCUAAGGAACUACCUCGUUAAAUUCAAAGUCGGAGAAGAAUUUGAUGAAGAUAACAAAGGACUGGAUAACAGAAAAUGCAAGAGCUUGGUUACCUGGGAUCAUGACAGACUCACUUGUGUACAGAAUGGGGAGAAGAAGAACAGAGGUUGGACCCACUGGAUCGAAGGAGACAAGCUCCACCUGGAAAUGUUCUGUGAAGGUCAAGUGUGUAAACAGACUUUCCAGAGAGCCUGACCGUACCCAGCAGCAGGGCCCACCUUCAGCUGCAGCUCAAUGGCGAGUGACAUUGCAGAAUGAACCUUGUUCACCUGUCCUGGCUUGGUGAUGGGGACUUGUGGCUGGAGAGACAUCAUGCAGCCUAUACACCAGAAGCCAUUUGGAUUGUGGGAAAGCUGCACAGCUUCAAUAAACCUCUCCAAG